GUUAUUUUGAAUAGUGCGUUACUGUUACCUUUCCCCGUUUUAUUUAUUCAUUUUGUGGUGGACAGAAAAUUUAUCGAUUCGAAACUUGUAAUAAAGUUAUUACAUAUAAGCGGUAAUGUUAUAGUGUAUCAGUUAUAAGUUAUAAACACAAAUAAAAAUUUAAGAACACUAUUUAAAUCAGCAAAAUUGGGUGUGUUCGAGUUGUGGCGCAUAUAUAUUGGCGCUCUCUUGUACCAAUAUUCAUGUGUUCAAAUAAAUAAUAAAUAAAACUAUCGAUGGAAGGAGAAUGAGAAUCGACGACAUAAAAUUUAUUCUUUGUUGGACCAUGAUUGUUCGUCAAUAUGUGAUACAAUGUAAUGUUGCUUAUAUAACCUACUGUCCAUGCAUGGGUCGGCUUGGAAACCAGAUAGAACAGUUCCUAGGUAUGAUUGCAUUUGCAAUUAAACUAAACCGUACUCUUGUUUUGCCUCCAUGGAACAUUAUGUCAUCUUUGCAGGCUAAUUUUGUGCCUUUUGGAAACUUAUUUAACAUCACUGCACUUCUACCAGUUCAUCAGUUUGUUUCACUGGAGAGUUUUAUGUUGAAUGAAGCUCCUGUCAUCUGGCCAGCAGCUAAACGUACAGCGUUAUGCUUUCGACCUAGAUCGGGUCCUUUAUUUAAUGAUUGUAAUGCUAAAAACGGGAAUCCUUUCAAAGAAUUUUGGGAUAAAUUUAAUGUCAGUUUCACAGGUUCUAGUUUCUAUUUUCCUCUAAGUACAGAUGAUCCUAAAGAGAAGUGGGAUCAGUUAUUUCCUUCAGAAACUUACCCAGUUCUUGCAUUCAUUGGACCGCCUUCGUCUUUCCCUGUUCGUCCUGAAAACCGUGUAUUCCAUCGUUAUUUAGAAUGGAUUAGUCAUAUUAAUCUAGUCACCGAGAAUUUUAUAAAUCGAUGGUUAAAUAAACCUGUAGUUGGAGUUCAUUUACGUAAUGGGGAGGAUUUUUCAAAUGCUUGCUCACAUUUAAAAAGUGGUUUACGUAUCUUGUUCUCAAGCGCUCAGUGCCAUGGUGAUUUUAAUGAACUUCCUCCUUACAAAGUAACAGAAGAUAUGUGCAUCCCCUCAAAAGAAUCAGUUCUUCAUACAAUUUCGUACGGUGUUCGUUUAAUUAAAGCAAAAACUAUAUAUGUAUCUACUGAUAAUGAUCCUAUGUUGUCAUUAAUUCGCCGUCACUUUAGUGAUACAACUGUAAAACGUGUUGUGUGGGAACCUAAUCGAAAACCUGAAGAAGAUUUGGCAUUGUUAGGUAGAAUCGAUUUAGCUAUCCUCAAUUGUGUGUCAACUUACUCUGCUGCGGUGAAACGUGAACGGGAUGCAAAGAAUUUACCCAGUAUGUUUUUCGGAUUAACUAUUGAAAAUCAAAGAGGAUUGGAAGUAUUGUGCAAUUCGACAAAUAAAGCUGUCAACUACUGGUGGUCGAAACUGUAACAAAAAUAAGUUAUUAGUGUAUCAUAAAUAUGUUAGUGUUUUCUACAUUUCUUAGAUUGUAUUCGCUUGUUAACUUUUUUAUCAUUAUAAAACUUGCAUUUGUUAUAGUACUCGGUGUAAUUUCUAGGAUGCCUCGUUAAUACGUGACAAGGUAAGAUUCAUAGCUCUUCACUCAUGGUAAUAAAUAAAACAUACAUUUCUGUUUUUGGCAUAAAAUCAUUACAAUAUUUUGACCGAUUGUUGUUAAGAAAUUCAUAAAGCAUAUAGAUCAUCAAUGUAGGCGAUCUAUGUGGAUGGUCUCGGUCUACUCAUGUUGAUUGACCUGGCCUUCAUCAAGAUCACAUCCCGCGGUUAAUAAUGGACGUGAAUUAUCAUUUCAAGAUACCGUAUUGUACUGGCAUGACAUUAUUAAAGUGUAUUAGUAAUAAUAGGUUGGGGAAAUAGUGCAACCACUGCUGCAUAGGUCAAUCCAUGGCGUGUUACGAUUAAUACGCGUUGUUUGACCUUAGGAUAGCUCACUAAACUGUUCGGCAUUCAGUGGCUUACCUGCUGGAUGGUUUGAUCAGAGCUCAACUCACAGAUCAUAGGUAGACGGUAAACACAUUAACGGGGCAGAUAGCACCCACGACUUCAAUGGACACCUUGUCAAGUCUUAAGACUUAGAUCCAGAAGCAGUGCUAGACGGUGCACAAAGCCAAUUUAUUUUAAUAUUUUGGCCGACAAUAAUUGACGGCUUCGGUUGUCGGCUACAGCCGUCAAGACAUUCGUCUCGUGUUCGUUACAGACAGAAAAGCAGGGGCGCACUCCGAUGGACAUAUUCAAGCUCCAUCUACCACACUGGACAAACAAAGACUAGACCCCAAUGUUACACUAAGUCACCAGUUUCUCUCAGAUGAACCUGUGUCAGUCGACAGAUGAUAAUAAACUUCAAGAGUAGCACGGUACUUCUCAUAGAUGAUGUCUUACUAAUAAUUGACACUGAUUUCUAACAGUUCAGCAAUCUAGAGGACAUCUCCAGGAACCGCAUUCUGGUAUGCACUAAUCACAACGUCGACUUUGAGAGGACUAUAUCCAUGAAAACCUCUAUUCACCUGUAAACCAUAACACCACACUGGUAAGUUUGUCGACCUAUUGAAGCAGCUUAUUAGUCUGUCACAACCAACUUUUCAACUAGAAAAUCUGGGACACGUUUGUACACCAUUUUGGAAUUGAAAGACGUCUGUCUUCAAUUUCUUCUGACCUCUCAAUCCUAAAGAAUUUGACAAUAUGUUGAAAUAGGGUAUUACACUACCCUCCAAUAGCCCUCCUACCCCACCACUGCAUAUAUUCCGGGAAAACAACGACGUUCGACAUUGUGCUCAAUUUAAAGUCCUUAAUAGUUCGGUUACUCCAGACAAUUACUAUUUACUUCAUUUGCAAGGCUUUACCAAUACUUCGCAAAAAGUAAUCAUCUCAUAAGCCGAUCUCAUAAGAGUAUAUUGCCGAUUUAACCUAAUAAUAUCUCAAGGGCCAAAAGGAAGAUAGAUAAACUGGGUUUUUUAGCCUGAUAAAUGUGCCACAAACAUCUUAGCACCCUAUCGACCAAUCCCUUAGAGAUUUACAUGGUACGGACUAGUAUAAAUGAAGGUAGUGGUGAUGGUCGUCUCGUGAAUGCUGAUGGAGGGUCGUGUUUUUAUGUUGAGAAUGGAUCUGUUCCAAUUUGGUUACAUUAAUACUACACUGCCAUUGUGGUUACACAAAAUCGUAUGACGUUUUGCUAUUGUGUAGUUUUAACGUUCACUAAGAGUCGAGGAAGUGUAGCAGCCUUCAGAACAUGCAUUUUUGUAAGAUACAUUUUAGCUUUCAGACGUUAUGCUGAACACUGAAAUAAAUACUGUUAUGAAGUCAGACUUUGGUUGGGAUACUUCGACUUACAACUGAUUGAUCACUGGGUAGUGACCAAUGUCAUGUGUGUCGGGUCCUUCUUAGUGCAGAUUGGAUUAUAUCAAUCACGUUGCAAUCUGGUCAAUAGUCGACGUCGCCUGUACUAUGUCGAGAUGUAGGAGGUAGACGACAGGAAGCCCCGGACUUGGGUUUCAAGCUACUUAGCUUUCGUCAGCAAGGGUUACCUGUAAUCUCGUGAGAACCGGUGCCCUCGGACGAAUUAGAUCUCUAAAGUUUGUGCGAUUUUCAAUUUCGUGUCGAACGUAUAUUCUGUUUAAGCUAAGUCAGCCAAUCUAUUUUAACUGUCUUUCAUAACUGAGCUAACACCAGGGCACAUCCAGUUUGUUUUGCAUUAUCAAAGGAUAAUAAUAUCCAGACAUUUAUUUGUUCAGUUUAACUCCCCAGAAUCACCGAGAAACGGAUCUGGAAAUUAAUUAUCAAACUUGAAGUUUUUGUCUGCGAUAGUUCCGUUUUGAUAUUUCCAGGUCCUGGUGUUUAACCUUAUCACAAUCCCUCCUUUCUUAUCUUACGGUGUAUUUCGUGGCAUUUAGAUUCACUGGCCUUCUUGUAUGGCAGGAAAAGAUGCAGGAUAAAACGUCGUUGAGCGUCUGCACUUUAUCACGUCUGGGUUGUGUAACCACACAACACCAGCUAACUGUUUAUCUAGAUCAACUCAAGCAUUCUUUUACAACAAAAUAUGAACUCAGUGAUUGACUAAGAUAUCGUAGGACCUGAAUUUGUUAGACGUCGUUCCGGUAAGCACUUUAUUUCACACUGCUAUAAAGCUUGACCAUCAGUUUUAGUUCACGAUGAUUUAUUCUGAGUUUCAGCCUUCUUCAAAGGCUAUGGUGAGUGCCCAUCAUUCCGUCCAUCUAGUAGAAGUCAAACUAAUUUUUCCCGUGAUAUUAAAUGAAGACCUGGUUUUAAUAAACAGAUCUAUCCCGAAAAUAUUUGUAGAUAUAGGCAUGUUCCACUAAAAGUGGUCAGUUUUUUCGCACAAGAGAAAAGCAACUUACUGAAUUGUGUCAUUAGCAAUAAUAGUAGAUGGUGGUGGACAUAUCUUCUGGCUCAUGAAUGCAAUAGGGAUAAUUUAUUGUCAGUGAUAAUGACUCACAGGCUAGCGUUCCCCGAGAAAUAUUCAGUACACACCUACAAGACUAAGUACUCAACUUUCAAAUGAUUUAGUUUUAACUAGCUUUUGCUUCAAAAAAACCCUACUGAGGCUUCAGACCUAUUUAAUGGAUUGCUCAGAUUUAAAACGCAGUAUGGAUGGUACCAACUAGUCCAUCUCACGAUUCCGUUAUCAGCUACUUACCAGUUAGUUGACUCAUGGACACUAUUUGUGUCAAUAAUUAGUUUGAAUUCUACCUGCUAAUUCAUAUAUUUUAUUCUCUUCCUUUGCAAACAGCCGAGUUUUGUCAACCAGUGUUCCUGAUGUUUAUUCUCACGCUCGUUUUUUCUUUUUAUCUCUUUUAGCACCACGAUUGUAAAGCUCAAUUGUCCAGGUUUGGGAAUUGUGGGUUCGUCAACGUCGCAGUUUGUACGAGGUGCCAUUUCUAAACAGAAUGUAACAGUAGUAGACUCAUAGUACAGUACUAAAACAAACCCACUUGUUAACUUAUUGGUAUAUCUACAUGAAUGUUCUAUCACAUAUUUUGGCUGACUGUAUUUAUUUAGUAACUGAAACAGUAGUAUAUUAUCUGUAAACCUAUGUUGCAAUUUGUUGUUCAUAUGUGUAAACAUGGUGUGUGGCUGCUAUGUUAGGAUUAUAUACAUUAUAAACUCUGGUUACGUCGGUUUUGUGCUCCAAAAAUAGGUUAACCAGACUGACAUACUUGUAAAUAAGUGUAUGGAAUUGUCAAACCGUGAGGAAAUGACAAAACGUUUAUACAGAAGCCGUGAAUGUUUCUUCAUACAAAACCUUUUGUCAACCCUGAAGGCCAAAUUUGUUUAAGUUUCUCAUAUGAUAGAUUAUUUAGAUUUUCACUCCACUCCCUUCCAUUUGUUGUGGUAAAUAAGUCCCCGAAAUAACUAUUUUUGUAAGUUUAACACUGAUGGUGACUUCACUAGUUUUACCAAACGCACCCUAUCUUAAGGUGCUCGGUUACGCAUUCUUAUAGAAUCACGAGUGAGUGCGUUGUACUACUCAUCAAUCAUAACUAUUAGAUGACCUUAGACCAAACGCUUAUCGACAUGUUUCAACUUUCCAAAUAUAAUUUCAAACUCAUCCAUUCCUGACUUCUGACUUGACUAGGUUGGUAGCCUUCGAUCAUAAAAGUAUUAUGGGUGAUGUGUUAAAUCCUGAAUAUCCGUUACAUUUUUAGCAAUGAGAUCGGCGUGAUCUGGUUUGCCGAAAAACGGACUCUGUUCCUUGUGGUGACGUAAGAUAUAUUUUCUUUGGGCAUAUUAUGAUACUAUUUGUGCGUACUAAGAAUUCUUCGUCCAUUUAUAUAUCUCACCUCCAAAAUGACGCUAAAGACACCCAAACUGUUUCAGAAUAAAACAUAGGUAGCAUUUUUCAUCCUAUGUUACUCUGAACUGAUAAUAUCGAAGCCUAUUUCUGCAACACCGAAUGCGGUGUCACGUGUGCAUGGUUCUUCGAAGGAGUGAAGAAACUACCGCACGAUUUUAACAGGUACGUUUACUAGUGAUAGUUUCGGGCCUCACGACAUCUCAACAAAGGCUAUCUCUGACGGGGAAACUCAUCCGCGACUGCAUUGUUUGCCGUCACAUACUUAAAGCGGACUA